UUCUUGAGUUUCUUCACACUCAACUCAAAUCAAACCACCAUUACAGCUCUUACCACUGCUAGCUACCAACUCACAACACACGGUUUAAAGAAGUGGAAAGUUUCAAUCUUUCUUUUCUGGGUAUUUCUGAAAUGGCCACUCUUGAAGCUUUGAACUCUCCCACCGCUGCUUCGGCGCCGGCGCUUCAGUAUCUUGAUCAGUCGUGGGUGAAGGGGAAGAGGACGAAGAGGCCGCGGGGAGUAGCGGAGUAUCAGCCUACUGAGGAGGAGUAUUUGGCUCUGUGUCUUAUUAUGCUCGCUCGCGGCGGCGCCGGCGGCGGCGCGAGGGUGGAGGAGGGUUUGCCCACGGCGGCGCCGGCGCCGGCGGGGCAGGUUUCCGAGCAGAAGCUUUUGUAUAAGUGUUCUGUGUGCGAUAAGGCGUUUGGGUCUUUCCAGGCUUUGGGAGGACACAAGGCUAGUCACCGGAAACUCGCCGCGCCUGGCGGCGCCGGCGCCGGCGCAGGCGGCGGAGAUGACAGGUCAACUACCUCGACCACCACCGGGAACAGCUCCGCCGGCGGGCGGGUCCACGAGUGUUCCAUCUGCCACAAAUGUUUCCCGACCGGACAGGCGUUGGGGGGCCACAAGCGGCGCCACUAUGAAGGCGGCAACGUCAGGAUCGCCGCCGCAAGAAGCAACAGCGUAGGGGUGGCCUCGUCGGACUGCGUGGGGUCCACCAACAGCUCCCACCGUGACUUUGACUUGAACCUCCCUGCCUUGCCGGAAUUCUCCCCAGUCUUCGGCGGCCGCUUCGCCGAAGACGAAGUUGAGAGCCCUCACCCGGCCAAGAAAGCACGACUUUCCAUCCCAACCACAAAACUCCAACUCUUCUAAGAUCGAACCGCUUAGAUUUUGAUGUCUAUUUGCUCUCUCAGCUCAAUUUUGAUUCAAAGUAGUUCAAGAAAGAUUUGUCUUUAGUUUAUAUUUAUCUUUCAGAUGGCAAAAAUUCAUUGUACUGUAAAUACAGUGAUAUUAGUUUUACUUAAUUCAAUUCAAUUCAUUCUUUUUUCUACAAAUA